AUGUCUACUAUGACUAUGUCCGACGAAUCUGACAAUGGACCGGGCUCAUCACCACAUGUUCAAUCGGCAGGUCCAGCAAUUAUUCAAUUACUCCCACCUGAAGCGAUAGGAAACAUUGUAGCGAGGACGAACGAGAUUAUCUCAGAGCAUCGAAGAUGGCUUGCAAAUCUGCCCCCUCGUGACACCCCGACAAGGUCGAUCAGUCAUCCUCCAUCAAGUCUGGUGACACCACCGCCAACCCUCAGCAGAAGAGUCGCAGGGCCUUCUUCUCUCCCAAACCCGCUGGCUCUCCUGCCUGAAUGCAGCUCCCUCGUCACAUCAGCCUCCAGUGCUGGGUUUGCAGCUGGCGCCUUGAGUGUAUCUAAUCAAUUAUCGGCAUCUCUUGCGAACGCGUCCGCUACAGCCGCGGCUUCAAUUGCUUCACUCCAAGCGGCUCUCACGGCCGCCAACAAUGCCUUGAAUAGUGCCAGACAAUCUGCUCAGCAAGCCCUCGGCUCGGCCUCCCAGUCAGUACAACAGGCUUUGCAGAGCGCUUCAAUACAGUCCCAGGCCGCUCUAGAGGCUAAGAAUAGUCUUACUGCUGGGAUUGCUUCAGCGCAGACCAGUGCAAACCAGGCUAUUGCUGCAGUCCAGUCGAGCGCCAGCGCCAAUGUGUUGUCUGCGAACAACGCGCUCACUUCGGUCCAGGCAAGCGCUAGCCAGGCGAUUGCGAGCGCGAAUGCGAGCGCGAAUGCUGUGGCUAGUGAUGCAAGAGCAACGGCCACGAAUGCAAUAGCCCAGGCUGAAGCUACAAUUUCAGCUAUAGCUUCCCAAGCGAGCGCUACAAUAGCAGCGUCCCGCAUCUCAGCUAUGAACAGUACAACAUUCGUCCUCGUCGUAACCUUUGCCAUCCUUGGCUCGUCGCUCAUCUCAGUGCUCUCAUUCUAUCUGAUAAUCCGGUACCGGCGUUUGCGCAGGCUGAGAAAGCAAGACGAGCUCAAAUCCUCUAUCCGGCGAAAAGGGCCCGGGAGCGAUGUCUCUUCCAUCGGGCCUUCUCUAUCUGAUUUCCCGUUUCCGGCAAACAGAACACAGUGGAGUCGAGUCCAAAGCGAGCGGAAUAGUAGGAACAGAUCUAUGGUGAGGGAGCGAGAAAGAGAGCGCGGGGAAAGCUACUGGCCGAGGAACAAUGACCGUGUCAGUGCAGCGGAUAGAGAAAGACAGACCUGGAUGCGAGGCGCCGACAACAUCCGCGCAAGUCGAUCCAUGGAUUUACCCGUUCCUGUCGGACCCAGGAAGACCUGGGCUGUCGGCCAGGCCCCCCAAACCCUCGAGCGAGCGAGCGCCUUCCCAACCACAAGCCUCGAUAAGAACAACUCUAGCAACUCCCCGGGCCGCCAAACCUGGAGCCCAGACGAAGACCGGGAAGAUGUGCUCCAGUCACGAUCCGCGACCCUCGUCACCACCCCCGGCUUUUCAAACGGUAUGUCUAGAGAUGGGCCGAGGACGGGUGGUGGAACGAGCGAUGGCUCGGUAAUGGUGCGUAAGAACGCCCUGACUUACGACUCUGAAUACCCAGACCGCCCACCGAAGUUUACAACGUGGCUGGAGGAGAGAUUUAGGCGGGUGAGUCCGUUACCUACGAUGAAGGUGGUACAGACGCAGAAGCCGGAGGUGCGAGAGAAGGUAGGGACGAGGCAGAGUAUGCUACUCUUUGGAAGGGGAGCUGGGGCUGGGCCUGGGGGUAGGGGAGAUAGCGAUGGGAGCAGGAUUGGGGCGGCGUUUUAA